GAGCCAAAGUGUAAAGAUGGGAGUGAAUACAUAGAUGGCAGGAUAGACAACUUCACCACAGACACGCUGGCACCGUCUCAGCUCUCUGCUUUGCUGUGGUCACCUGGCUCCAGCCACGUCCUGUCCCAGAGAACCGAGUCCACCAAUGCAGUUAGCAGUGAUGCCCUGAGGCAGAACAUUUAUGAAAACUUCAUGCGGGAGCUGGAGAUGAGCAGGACAAACCUGGAGAGCACCGAGACCUCAUCAGAAACAGAGGACUCCAGUGGCGAGUCCCUCAGCUCCUUGGAGCAGCUGGAUUUGUUAUGUGAGAAAGAGCAAGGAGUGGUGCGCAAGGCAGGGUGGCUGUUCUUCAAGCCCCUAGUGACCUUGCAGAAGGAGAAGAAGCUGGAGCUGGUCACACGGCGGAAGUGGAAGCAGUACUGGGUCACACUCAAAGGUUGUACUCUGCUGUUUUAUGAGACCUACGGAAGGAACUCGAUGGAGCAGAGCAGUUUGCCUCGAUACGCCCUGUUUGCAGAAGAUAGUAUAGUUCAGUCUGUUCCAGAACAUCCCAAGAAAGAAAACGUGUUCUGUCUCAGCAAUUCUUUUGGAGAUGUCUACCUGUUUCAGGCAACAAGCCAGACAGAUCUGGAGAACUGGGUUACUGCCAUACAUUCAGCCUGUGCUUCCCUCUUUGCAAAGAAGCUUGGGAAAGAGGACACCGUUAGGCUGCUGAAAAAUCAAACCAAGAGCCUCUUCCAGAAGAUUGACAUGGAUGGCAAGAUGAAAAAGAUGGCAGAGUUGCAGCUGUCAAUUGUUAGUGAUCCAAAAAACAGGAAAGCCAUAGAGAAUCAGAUCCAGCAAUGGGAACAGAACCUGGAAAAAUUUAACAUGGACCUCUUCCGAAUGCGAUGUUACCUAGCCAGUUUGCAAGGUGGGGAGCUCCCAAACCCAAAGAGCCUUUUGGCUGCUGCCAGUCGUCCUUCAAAAUUGGCACUGGGGCGGCUCGGCAUUUUCUCAGUCUCAUCCUUCCAUGCACUGAUAUGCUCCAGGGAUGAAGCUGCUCUCAGGAAACGUACCUUAUCUCUGUCACAAAAGGUCCGAAAUAAGAAGGGUUUAUUUUCUUCACUAAAAGGACUGGACACAUUGGCAAGAAAAGGAAAAGAAAAGCGACCUUCCGUAACUCAGCAAGUCGAUGACUACUUGAAUGUCUACUGCUCAGUACCAGAGACUGUCCAGAAGGAGAGUGCUUGGGAAACACAGACGUAUGUUCGCUUCUGUGACGGCCAAGGAGUGGCACUGACCCUCAAGCCAGAGCACAGGGUGGAAGAUGUUUUGUCUUUGGCAUGCAAGAUGAAACAGCUGGAGCCAAGACACUAUGGCCUACAACUCAGAAGACUGGUUGAUGAAAAUACUGAAUAUUGUGCUCCUGAACCGUAUGAAUACAUAGUAGACCAGGAAAGUGUGUAUGAUGAAAUAGAAAUUUGUCCAUUGAAUGUUUAUCACGUUCAUCUUACAAAGACUGAAAGCAUAAGUGAUUUUGGCUUUGCUGUCACAGCACAAGUUGAUGAAAAUCAGCAUCUCACCCAUAUACUUGUAAGUGAUGUUCUCCCUGGUGGACUGGCAUACAAGGAAGGACUCCGAGUAGGCAAUGAAAUCCUGAGUGUAAAUGGAGAGGCUGUGUCUGAUCUUGACCUCAGGCAGAUGGAGUUACUGUUUUCAGAGAGAAGUGUAAUGCUUACUCUGAGAAUAAACCAUUAUGGGACCCAGCAACCCUUGUGUGCAUCCUGGUCAGAUGGUGACAUUUCCAGGGACCCAAAGAGUUUGUUACCCCCUGCAAACCAGUCACAGCUCCUGGAAGAGUUUCUAGAUAAAUUCAAAAAGAACACAGCAAACG